AUGUGGUCCAAGGCUAUCCUGGCCGUUGCCGCCUUCGCCCUCACCCCUGCCAAUGCCAUAUGGCCAGUGCCAAAGAAGAUCUCUACUGGAGACAAGGCCCUCUUCAUCGAUCAAACGAUUGAUAUCACCUAUAAUGGAGACUUUGUAUGCUGGACUCUCCCCGGUUCUGAUUCCAAUUCUGGUGCUUGUAACCACACCGCGCAGCUCAAUACUGAAACUUUGCUUCACAAACAGAUCCCCUACACUUACAACUACCAACCCGAUGCUGGCUCCAAGUUCACCAGCAAGCAAAUCGUCCAAGCCGGCGUCUCUCGUGCCCUCCAGGGCGUCUUCCAGGACAACUUUGUCCCAUGGAUGCUCCGUGAACGCGACUCCGAUUUUGAACCUGACCUGCAAAAGAAACAAUGGGUAAAGUCGCUAAAGAUUGUCCAGACCGAGGAAGAUGACGAAAGCACCUUCAAGCCUCUCAAUGGCGAGGUUGACGAGUCGUACUCCCUUUCGCUUUCUGAAAAGGGCGAGGCUUCGAUCAAGGCCAAGUCCUCUACAGGUGUCCUGCACGGACUUGAGACCUUUGUCCAACUUUUCUUCAAGCACAGCUCUGGCACUUCCUGGUACACACCACACGCGCCUGUCUCGAUCCAGGACGAGCCCGAGUACCCUCACCGAGGUAUUCUUCUCGAUGUUGCCCGUAGCUUUUUUGAAGUCAAGCACAUCAAACGCACGAUCGAUGCCAUGUCGUGGAGCAAGCUGAAUCGUCUUCACCUUCACAUCACUGACUCGCAGUCCUGGCCUCUCGAGAUCCCAGCCCUGCCCAAGCUGGCCGAAAAGGGCGCGUACCGCAAAGGAUUGACCUACUCUCCCGAGGACCUUGCCGGUAUUUAUGAGUAUGGUAUCCAUCGUGGAGUCGAGGUCAUUAUGGAGAUUGACAUGCCUGGUCAUAUUGGUGUCGUUGAGCUUGCCUACAAGGAUCUCAUUGUCGCGUACAAUGAGAAGCCUUAUCAAUGGUGGUGCAAGGAGCCACCCUGUGGUGCGUUCCGCAUGAACAGCUCUGAUGUUUAUGACUUUCUCGACACUCUUUUCGAUGACCUCUUUCCUCGCAUUUCCAAGUACAGCCCUUACUUCCACCUCGGUGGAGACGAGCUCAACCACAACGAUUCCAGACUUGAUCCUGAUGUGCGCUCCAACAAGACCGAGGUUCUGGCGCCUCUUUUGCAAAAGUUUGUCGAUUACACUCACGGCAAGGUUCGCGAUGCUGGCAUGACUCCGUUCGUCUGGGAGGAGAUGGUUACCGAGUGGAACAUGACUCUGGGUAAAGACGUUGUGAUUCAGUCCUGGCUCGGUGGGGGUGCUAUCAAGACCCUGGCCGAAGCAGGUCACAAAGUAAUCGAUAGCGAUUACAACUUUUGGUACCUUGACUGUGGUCGUGGACAGUGGCUCAACUUUGACAACGGCAAUGCCUUUCAAACGUACUACCCCUUCAACGACUGGUGCGGUCCUACCAAGAGCUGGCGGCUCAUCUACUCACACGAUCCUCGGGCCGGUCUGUCUGAGGAAGCGGCCAAACGCGUGCUUGGUGGUGAGGCGGCCGUAUGGACUGAGACUAUCGACAGUGUCAACCUCGACACCAUCGUGUGGCCCCGCGCUGCGGUAAUGGGAGAAGUUCUCUGGUCAGGUCGAACUGACGCUUCCGGCCAGAACAGAUCGCAGUAUGAUGCUGCGCCGCGACUGGCAGAGAUGCGCGAGCGUAUGGUGGCUCGGGGUGUGAGUGCUUCGCCGAUUCAGAUGCCAUUCUGUACACAGGGCAAUGCCACUGAGUGUGCGCAAGUUGAUGGAUGA